GUUUCGGGGAAGUUUGAGGGUAAACCAACUCUACAGAGACAUAGAUUGGUUAAUUCUGUGUUGAAGGAAGAGUUGAAGACAAUUCACGCGUUUAGUCAGAAAACAUUCACUCCGGAACAGUGGAAAGAACAAACAAAUUAAAAUGAGUGAUUUGCAUUCUGUACAAAUAUCAGCCCCAGGAAAAGUUAUUCUCCAUGGAGAUCACUCUGUGGUUUAUGGCAAACUCGCAAUCGCCGCUAGUAUUAACAAAUCAACCAAACUAUCCAUAACCCUUGAAACCACACCAAAAAUUACUCUUGUUUUCCAUGACAUUAACUUAAAUCUUGAAAUACCUUUGCAAGACAUACAAAACAACAUAUUAGACAACGGAAUAUUACCGUUGCAAGAUACCUACAGCAUUGACAACCCAGACAGUUUAAUUUUUGAUGAUUUAAUUAACAAAAUCAAGAAUUAUUUAGAUAAUUUAGAAGUGACAUAUGAUGUAUCACAAACAAAUGCACUUCUUGCAUUUUUAUAUUUAUAUCUCGCUAUGUAUUCACCUGUGGGACUUAAAAACGGUUUAUUUGUUAAUAUUAGCAGCGAUUUGACAAUUGGUGCUGGUUUGGGCAGUUCAGCAUCGUUUUCCGUGUGUAUUGCCGGUGGGUUUAUACAACUGCUUAAAUUACAACAGAAAUUUGCAUUUACGACUGAAAAUACGACCGAAUUCAACGAUUUCGAGAAAGAUUUGAUCCGUAAGUGGGCAUUUCAAGCCGAGCGGGUAAUGCAUGGUAAUCCAUCUGGUUUGGACAACACAAUCUGUACUUAUGGUGGAUUUGUUGAGUAUCGUAAAGGCGUCGCGCCGAAACCUUUGGAUAUUUCCACGAAUUUACAACAAUUUGAAGCCUUGUUGAUAAACACGAAUGUACCGAAGAAUACGAGAGUCCAGGUAGAAAAGGUUGCGCGGUUUAAAGCGCAGUUUCCUGGAAUUGUCGAGCAUAUUCUUGACACAAUGGAGGAGAUUUCCAAGAAUGCGAUUGAGUCGAUGAAGAGUUUAUUCAAGGGUGAUUUAGACAGGGAAUAUCGUGUGUUGAAUACUUUGUACGAUGUUAAUCAGAAUAUGCUGCGGAGUCUUGGCGUUUCGCAUGCGGCCAUCGAGAAAGUGUGCGCCAUUUUGUCCGAGUUUGAUUUGCAUGCGAAGAUUACAGGCGCUGGAGGCGGUGGGUAUGUUUUAUGCCUUGUGCCUAAUUAUAUUAGCGAAUCUGUUGUCUUGGACGUGCAAAAUAAGUUAGAAAAUGUGGGGUUUACCAGCGAUCGUUUAAAUUUGGGCGUUGAAGGAGUUCACUUGUUAAAAUAAACGUGUUUGAAUAUGGCUGAA